AUGGACGCCGACAACAACUCAAACUACCCCGAAUCUCCCAUGGAGGAGGAUGAGGUCUUCUUGUGCAAAGGCUGCGGCGAGAUUCUAGAACAGGGGCGAGCCUUUGAGCUUGCUGGCCACCGAUGGCAUCUGGGCUGUUUCCGCUGCCACUCUUGUGCCACACUCCUCGAUUCCGACGCCAACCUACUACUACUGGGUGAUGGCUCCCUCAUUUGCAACAACUGCACAUACAGCUGCGACUCUUGCGGCAACAAGAUCGAAGAUCUUGCGAUCCUGACGGGCGAACAAGCCUUCUGUGCCACUUGCUUCAAGUGCCGCAACUGCAAGAGGAAGAUCGAGAAUCUGCGUUAUGCGCGUACCAGCCAGGGCAUCUUCUGCAUGAAUUGUCACGAGAGCCUGAUGGCAAGGCGGCGGAAAAGGGCAAAAGCUUCAAAACAAAUAGCGGCUGGGGCCAGCAACCCAUUGGUGCUGGACAAGAGUCUUCCUGCCCUCCCUCCCAGCGCCGUCCCACAGAGUGCUCUGCGCGAGGCUUCACCCUCGGGCUCUUACUCAAGUGACCACCUCAAGGCCAGCCAUGAUAGGAAGCGGGAUACGUCGCCCAUGUCCAUGUCUGACGACAGCAAGAAAGACACCCUCACUCUACCAGCUAGCACAUACAAGCAGGAGCGCGCCUCGACCAUGUCAUCUAACACCAUGACCACCAUGUCCGAUGUUGACGACGGCUUCUUGCCUAUGGCCUACGAUCCCAACCCUGCUCCUCCCCCUCUGCCACGCCGCUCGCACCCAGAAUCUACGCCGAGGAUGUCGGAUAACCUUUCUCCUCAGGGUGCUCUCUCGAGAUCCGAGAGAAACCGACCCUCGUCCUCCCGAUCCGUCUCUACUGAGCGCGACAGCAUCCGCAGUCCUGGCGUUACCCAUGCCGAUAGGACUCGUCAGCAGGGCCUCCGCAACGUGUCGGGCAACAGCACCCCCGUUACUACACCAGCCGUUGCUUCGCCAUCCUCCGUCACCAGCCAGCAGCGUCCUCGUCUACCGACUACAAAUAGUGCGAACUUCGGCUUGGCCCCGCCGGAACCAUUCAAGCUGCAGGAUGUGCCUCGCGAUCGUAGAGUGUCGCGCAACAGUCCUCGUGUUGGCAAGAAUUCGCCCACCUCUCUAGACACCCAAACGCAAUCUAGACACACCCCUACAGACUCGAAUCUGUCUCUUUCACCCGCCUCUGUGGAUACGCCUAGUUCGAGUAUCAAUCCCUUCGAUGACCCCAAGCUCCGCGAAGCUUCGUCGACUGCUGGCCCACCAGCUGCAAAGCAUCCUGCCAGGGGUGAUUCCCUGCCACCUGCCACAGAUAAAACACACACCUCGCGCGUCGCUUCCCCCGAAACGACACCCGCCCUCAAGCAAGCCGAUGCUGCUCACGAACGAAAACAAUCAGCAACCUCCGCUCAGUUUGUCGAUGCUCCGUCCCAUCCACGCACUGAGGCCGAAUCUACCACUGCAAGUGGCAUUGAGGUACCAAUGGCACCACCCAGAGCUGCCAAUCGCCCUUCUGCUCCGAGCAAGUCUGUCGCCAAUGAUGAUUUCAUUGCUCCUAGGUUGCCGCCUGCACCACCUGCUACUGAGCGACCUCGCGCUGAAUCUGUUGGCAACCCUCAGCUUGAUCAUAAUCCUGCAGCUUCGCCAAGAGUCUGGCGUACACAUCUACCAAAGCAUAGCGCUGGGGAAGCCUUCUCUAUGGAAGAAGAAAUGUCCCGCAUCUUGAGGGGUGAUGAGCAGAAAAGGAAAGAAAACGAGCAUGCCGGUGUACUUCGCCGUGUUUCCAAUGCCGUGAAACAUGGCAGAAGCUUCAGCGAUAAAUCGAUACCGCUCCAGAAGACGCCCACAAUCAGCUCGGCUGACAUCAGUAGUCCCAUCCUCAUCACCAGCCCGAUAUCCUCGCCUGGUCAGAUGGAUGUGGCUUCUCUGAAAUCCCAACUACGCCGCGCUCAGCAGAAGAUCGCCGAGCUCGAGGCCGAUAAGCUCGGUCUCGAGGAGAAGAUGGACACAUCCGCAGACAUCAAGCAGGUUAACACCGAACUGCGUGAGAAACGCUCGACCAUGGCAUUCCUUGACACUCAGCGUGAGAUGGUUGUUCGUGAGCUCGAAAUCAUGACCGAGCAUUUGACCAGAGCCAAGGAGGACAACAAGCCGCUGGACAUCAGUCAGCUGAAGUCUGAGAUCUUGCAAGACUUUGCACAUUCCUUACAGAAGUUGAAGGACAAUCUCGGUUCUCAGAUUGAGGAUCUCGUACACAAGAGAAACGAACUUACCGAUGACAUUACCAACCUAAUUCAAGUCAAGGACAAGGGUCUGCAAGAGUUUGAAUCCUUGUCUUCGAAGAACCUUCAGUUGGCCGAGCUGAACAACCAGCUGGUCAGCGGCAUUCAAGAUAUGUACAAAUCUCACAAUGUCAAGAACGGCAGUAUGGAUCGAUCGCCCCUUACUAAUGGCCUGGGCAUUUACAACGGCUCGAGUAGGGGCGACAUGACCUCGUUGCAUUCAUCUUCUUUGCAAGAGUCAUCUAGUCUUCAUGAUUUAAUGCCACACGCAGCGGACGCAGAGCCAGCCACUGUUCUCACAGCACCACAAGUGGUCAACAUCCGCAAAGGACAGCCCAAAAAGUUUAAUUGGAAGAAAGGAUCGUCUGGUCUGGCUAAGAAUGUCACCAAAGGCAUCAAGGGUGCAUUUGCCGGAAGCAACGAUCGUGGUGUGCCUAUCAAAGCUGAUGGCACUUAUGACAUCACUGGUAUGCCCUACUCUCAGAUGCAGGCAGGCCCUGGCGCGAUUAUGGGCGAUCAACCCCUAAGGACUGGUGACGCCAAGGGCUUCGGUUUCUUCUCGUCUGGGCAGAAGAAUGGUAUGAAGCCUCCAGGAACCCUUGGAAAGAAUGGCAGCAGUUCAAACCUGCUUGCCGAACCCCCAUCCGUAUUGUUCGGUUCUGACCUUCGCGAACGCUGCGACUAUGAGAAGCGAAUCUUGCCCUCAAUCGUCACUCACUGCAUCGAAGAGGUCGAGAGACGUGGUAUGGACAUGGAAGGAAUCUACAGAAAAUCUGGCGGAAGUGGCCAGGUUAAGCUCAUUCAGCAAGGUUUCGAAAAGGAUGGUAUCUACGACAUCGCGGAUCCAGACCUCGAUAUCCACGCUGUUACGAGCGCGCUGAAGCAAUACUUCCGCAAGCUACCCAACCCACUAAUCACCUACGAGACUUACGAUCCGUUGCUCGAGGCUGCCCAAAUCACAGAAAAGGAGAAGCAGAUUGCUGGCAUCAAAGCAGCGCUGGAGGCCAUGCCGCAAGCCCACCAUGAUGUGUUGGAGUACCUGGUACAGCAUCUAUGCCGUGUGGUCAAGCAGGAGUCAGAGAACUUGAUGACACCGCUCAACCUCUCAGUCGUUUUCGCACCUACGAUUUUGCGACCCCUGAGCAUUGAACGCGAAAUGUCGGACAUGCAAGCUCAGCGUAUGGCAGUGCAGGCGCUGCUCGAACACGCUGAUGCCAUUUUCGAGAAUUAA